CUGCAGUAAACCUACCUCCGUGACUUAUGCGCAGUGCCAUGCAGUCAAUUUGCAUAUACCCCGCGAUUGGAUGUAGCCGCUGCGAGAAUAACUAUUCACGAGGGGAGGCAGAGAUGAUAGCAGUCCGAAUCCCGAGAUCGACAGUCAACUGGGACGGGAUUCAUCAACACCUGGCUCUCGAGGGCAGCAACCCAUAAUUGCCCAUCAAGUCUCAAAGCCUGCCUUUGCCCACGGUGUCGUUCUCUUGCAACAUCGUCAACAGUGGCAUCAAGGUUUGAGUGAUCAGUGAGCAUGGCAACGCACUCGGCAUUCCUGGGCAACUCCCACUUCGUGGGGCCGACUGUGCUUGCAGCAGCACUUGGUGCAGUAGUGCUCUUCCUUUACCUGCUCGCACGGAGCGUCUACUAUGCCUUCGUCCAUCCCUUGGCCAAGGUGCCUGGUCCCAAGCUCUACGCGUGCUCCGACCUGCCGUAUCUGUACCACAGCCUGCGUGGCGAUUGGCAGUUCAAGUUGAAGCAGCUGCACGACCGGUACGGGCCUGUCCUGCGCUACACGCCCGACAACGUGUCAUUUACGACGCCCGGCGCGUGGAAAACCAUUUACGGCCACCGCGCUGCCGGACAGAAGACGUUCGUCAAGGACAGGAUCACCUACCGCCCAACCCUUUCGGGCCACCCGCAUAUUGUCGUUGCCAAUGCCGAGGACCACCGGCGCCAGCGGCGGCUGCUGUCGCAUGCCUUCUCCGAGAAGGCGCUGCGGGGUCAGGAGGACAUCAUGAAGCACUACAUCGACCUACUGAUCCGCCGACUCGGCGAGCGCGCGGCCACGGGCGAAUCGGUCAACAUGGUGCAGUGGUACAACUUCACCACCUUCGACCUGAUUGGCGACCUGGCCUUCGGCGAGCCCUUCGGUUGCCUUGAGCGCGGCGUGUACCACCCUUGGGUGGCCAUGAUCUUCCAGAACAUCAAGUCGACCUUGUAUGGCGAGGUGAUGCGACGGUACCCGAGACUCAAGCCGCUCGUGACGCUUCUCACGCCCAAGCAGCUGUUGCGCAGCCAGAGGGAGCACUGGGAGCUGAGCGAACAGACGGCCAGGCGGCGUCUCGAGAGCGGCAACGUGUCGCGCGAGGACUUCAUGUCGUACAUCCUGCGCCACAACGACGAGAAGGGCAUGUCACAGGGCGAGAUCAUUGAGAAUGCCCAGGUUCUGAUCUUCGCCGGGAGCGAGACCACGGCGACACAGCUGAGCGGGACUACGUUCCUGCUGCUGCGCAACCGCGACAAGUAUGAGAAGCUGGUGAAGGAGGUCCGAUCCUCGUUCGCCAGCGACGACGAGAUCACGCUGUUGCGAGUGAGCCGCCUCGAGUACAUGAACGCUGUCUUCGAAGAGGGCUUCCGCAUGUAUCCCCCCGUACCGUUAGCCUUGUCGCGCCGCACGCCGCCCAAGGGUGAGUUUAUUGAGGGAUACUGGAUGCCGGGCGACACGGCGGUUGGAGUUCCCCAGUGGGCCGCUUACCAGAGCGAGCGCAACUUCCGCAACCAUGACCAGUUCGUCCCUGAGCGCUGGCUCGGCGACCCGGACUAUGCGCAGGACGUGCGUGACGUGCUGCAGCCAUUCUCGGUCGGACCGCGCAAUUGUAUCGGGAAGAAUCUUGCUUAUGCCGAGAUGCGUCUGAUCCUGGCCCGCGUGCUUUGGAACUUCGACCUCGAGCUCAUGAAUGAGAGCUGGAACUGGAACGACCAGAAAAUCUACCUGCUCUGGGAGAAGGGCCCCCUGAUGGUGAAGCUUACGCCGGUUUCGAGGCAGUAGGGAAUCUAAGAACGACCAGAUUGUUAGUGAUAAGGCGGCGAGUGAGAGGUAGCAGAUUGAUGUGUUUCUAGGUACCAAAUCAGAUUCAAGGUUCUGAACGACAAAUUACUUGUCCCCUUUUCCCGGCCCCGACAGGCACGGAGGCCAGGCCACGUCACCUGGGAAACCAGAGCAGGAAGAAGUACCUAGAGCCCAGGGUCCACACCUUCCCACAUCCAUCAGCCAGUUCUACCGCUGGCUAGGUUAGGUAGUUUGAGCGUUCCGGGUUCAAGUACAAUACACAUGCCAGGCCG